AGGCCUUCUUGUCAUCCUUCCUUCCUUUAUAUAGAGGCCCCUUCUUCUCCCCCUCCUCUCCCCUGACUUAAUUUAGCUCCGCCUCCAUUCACGCAUUCACACUAGCAUAGCAUAUAAGAUAGCACUUGUAGAGAGGAGAUACUAGUACACAUAGAGAAGAGGAGAGGAGAUUGAUCGGUGAGGGAGGAUGAUGGCGUCUUGUCGGAGAGGAGGGGGAGGGGAUGUGGAUAGGAUAAAGGGGCCGUGGAGUCCGGAGGAGGACGAGGCGCUGCAGCGGCUGGUGGGGCGGCACGGGGCGCGCAACUGGUCGCUGAUAAGCAAGUCCAUCCCGGGGAGGUCGGGGAAGUCGUGCCGGCUGCGGUGGUGCAACCAGCUGUCGCCGCAGGUGGAGCACCGGCCCUUCACUCCCGAGGAGGACGACACCAUCCUCCGCGCCCACGCCCGCUUCGGCAACAAGUGGGCCACCAUCGCCAGGCUCCUCGCCGGCCGCACCGACAACGCCAUCAAGAACCACUGGAACUCCACCCUCAAGCGCAAGCACCACUCUUCUCUCCUCGCCGACGACCUCCGCCCUCUCAAGCGGACAACCAGCGACGGCCACCCGACGCUCUCCUCCGCCGCCGCCCCCGGGAGCCCCUCCGGCUCCGACCUCAGCGACUCCAGCCACCAUAGCCUCCCCUCCCAGAUGCCCUCCUCACCCCCACACCUCCUCCUCCCUCAGCACGUCUACCGCCCGGUCGCGAGGGCCGGCGGGGUCGUCGUCCCUCCUCCUCCUCCCCCGCCGCCUCCGGCGACCUCGCUCUCCCUCUCUCUCUCCCUUCCCGGCCUGGAUCACCCACACCCCGAUCCCUCCACCCCGUCGGAGCCUGCGGUACAGUUGCAGCCGCCUCCACCGUCUCAGAUGCCGCCACCAACACCAUCUUGUGUACGCCAAGAGCCGCCUCAGAUGCCGUUCCAGCUGCAGCCCCCACCGCCGCCGCGCCCAUCGGCGCCGUUCAGCGCGGAGUUCUUGGCCAUGAUGCAGGAGAUGAUCCGGAUCGAGGUCCGGAAUUACAUGUCCGGCUCCGCCGCCGUGGAUCCUCGGUCGUCGCCCGACAACGGCGUGCGCGCCGCCAGCCGCAUCAUGGGCAUGGCCAAGAUCGAGUAAUCAACCAGCCGCAGCAGCAUACGGAAUGAUCGAGUAAUCAAGCUCAGAUUGAUGCACUGCAAGCAAGAAAGCAGAGCAAGAAGCAGAGGCGCCGGCGCGGCAAGUGAAGAGACGACGACCAUCAACGUUUGGAUCCUCCUUUUCUAUUCUGCUAUAGUCUUCUUCUUCCCCAAUAAUUCCUUGUCUAGUUUUAAUUUUUUUUUCUCUUCAAUUUUUACUCCUCCAAUCCAAGUUGAAGUUGUCACUAGUAGAGUUCUCCAGAGAGAGAGGAGAUGAAGCAACAACAAGGAGCUGUGUCUGCCUGUCUGGAGGAACUAAUACCAAACCAAAAUAAGCAGAGUGUGUGCUGCUGUGCCACAAUCAGCACCACCACCGUGGCACCACCCACUAGCUUAGCUUAGCUAGCUAGUUCAAAGUUCUUUUUGUAUAUACUUAUAAGAGGAAAAAGAAAAAAGAGAGCUGAUCAGUGAAAAUUCAGAAUGCAUCAGUGAAGAGAAUUGCUAGCUCUUGUGUUGUCUGUGA